CCGGGCCGACACCACUGCAAGCAUGGACACACAGGACAAGGAGAACUGCCCACCGGAAGCGCGGGCGAUGCACGCGAUGAUCCCCAUCGGACCGAAGGCGACGGCCUCGAGCCGCCGGCAGGCGCUCCAGGUGCUACCGCCCCAGCCGACAGCGCAUAGCCCCGCUAGCGAACGACCUAGCAGUACCACCAGCAGCGGCAAGAGCAAGAAGCGGACUGUCGAUGGCAACGCGAAACCCGAUGUCAAGAUCGAGCCCCUUGUGGUUCCAAUCGCAGCGCAAUCCGUCAUGGACUACCCUCGGGCUCCGUCCAAGAAGUUCAAGACGACGGACGCGUGGAAGGAGCGAUCCUACGUCUCGAUCUUCGACAUGACGUUUGUCGACCACGACGAAUGCAUGGCGACGCUCAACUCGUUCCUCAUCGCAAACGGCGUCGGUGCCACGGCUGUCGGGAAGCAAUAUAUGGCCGAGGUGCACGUGGGAACCACGUUCCAGUGCUGCACGCGCCAAGCCCCAUUUUUGGUCGGUCUUGGCGGCAUUGCCUCGACGCACUGCCCGUGGACCAUCGAGAUGAAAGUCGACUGUGCGUCCCGGCGCUGGCGCAUUGUGCGAUCGUUGUCGCAGCACAACCACCACGUUCUUUACCCGAAUGCACAGCCCAUCUACUCGUUCUACAGCUCCAUGCCGCGGGGCCCGUGGGCGAACCCGCUCGUUGCCGAGACCGAGAUCGACGACUGGUGCCGACAGCGCGGCUUUGCGGUCGUCUUCAACCCCGCAGCGUCGACUGGAACGAGCUACAUGCUGUCGUGCCAGUGCAACUGCGCGUGGUUUGUCUUUGUCCAUUACAGUGCCAACGACGAGCAAUGGCGGCUGUACCCUGGCAACCUCGUGCACAACCACGCCGUCGCCGUUCCGCUCGGACCGUAUCCGAGCAAGGCCGAGUGUCUCGGCGCCGUCUUGCAGUGGUGCGCCGCACAAAACGUUAUGGUGGCGACCAACCGUCUCUUCCAGGACGUCCACGGCCGGAGCGUGCUCGCAGUGGUCUGCACCGAGGACGCCACGUGCCCCUUCCACGUCCGCAUCGUGCCCGCGUCGCCAGUCGGCUGGCGCAUCCACAUCGUGUCCGAGAGCCACGAGCACCUCGAUGACCACCACGAGAGCGUGUAGCUGUUAGGCUCCAUUUUUGCGUCGGCGAUUUUUCUUUCAAUUUAUGGUUUCCUUGGGUACUGCGAGA